GAGGAUACGGUGGUUGCAAGCAGCUGAGAGUGAUCAGAAGGACGAAGAGGGGCUCCUUCACGGACGUAUGGAUGGGCUUCGCCUUGACCCAGAGUCCCCCAGAACACAUGAGCGAAAGCCCAAGGUACAGCAGGUCGAAUUGGACGUAUUGUCCCUGUGUCUUCAUUCCCAUACACGGAACCCGAGACUGGAAGCGGUGUACGAAUCGUUAGCACUAGUCAACCCCAUCAAGUUCAUCUGGACAGGUCCCGACCCGGACCACCACUUCUCCACAGCCAUCGUCCCGCAAGCGACCUUCCACCUCUUCCAGGCGCUGCGGCACUGGCCGCGCCUCACGCACCUCAAGCUCACCAACAUCGCGUUCCCGAACUUCGCCUUUCCCAACAUCUCGCCCUUGCCGAGAGGGCUGACGUCGAUAUAUAUCGGCCAGGCGACUUUCGUGCCAGCGGAGCUCAUCGCGAGGAUCGCGUGCGCGGGCGAGGAAGGUGAUAACGGGCUCAGGGAGGUCCGACUGGUGGAUGUGUACGUGGAGAGCAUAUGGGAGCGCAGGAUGCGCCGGGGCGAUGUGGAGAGGGCGGGGGUGGAGUUGCUACGGGGGUGGUGGCAGGAGGUGCGCCCCAAGGGACAGUUUGAGGGUGAUGAGUACGAGGAGAAGAUGAGGAGAUGCGAGGAGGAGGUUGUCAGGAAGAUUCAGAGCGUUGUGCGGUGCGAGGCGAAGACGGAGAGGAUUAUGGGUGGGGACCGCGUCGAGAGGGUUGGGAUGUUGGAGUAAGAAUUGUAUCAGUAUUGGUAUGUAGCGGUAGUGUACAUUGUGACGCGUAUACGGAUUGAACCAAGUCUCGACGGGCCUUACCCAUCUGUGCCCGAGUAAAACGAGAGUAACUCCCUGGC